CGCAAGCUGAACCUCAGCAGACCGCUGUAUUCUCUCGCCAGAUCAGAACGAGGGAAAACAUGUUUGGCUGCCGGGCCCAGAAAUGAGCAGCCCAGGCAGGAGGGGUGGCAUGACACGCAUCCUGCCCUUGCGUGGCUUCGUGGCCCCCUCCCAAGGCUAACCGACGUCUUCCAAGACCGCAAGGCGACACCGUCCACAGGACUUGUUUCAGGGACCGAAGUGCGGCACUCUGGUUUUGCCAGGCUCCUUCCGUCCCGCUUCCCUGACUCCGAGAGAUGAGCGUUGUCAUGCCGCGUACCGUUGCCGCGGGUGAGGCAUCGUGUCACCUUGUCCGCCCUAUUGAUGUUUCCCGGCCCAGUGUGAAUGACAUCUCUCUCGGAGGGAAGCCAACGACAAGAAUGUGCGCUGGCACGGCACCUGGAGAACGAGUACAUAUACCGGGCCUGUUCCGCCCCGUUCCUUGGAUGUGGUAGGAUCCGACUUCUCGCCGUUACUUCUCAUUCGUUCAGUCCCAACUUCAAGCUGGGAUAUCUCGCCAACCCACUCGAAUCUUGCCCUCGUCUGAUAUAGACCCUCCCUAUUCCCGAGCCUGAAAGAUCCCGGACAGGAAAUCCCCAGAACAGAAAACCAUGUAUCCGUCAACAAGCACCCUGGCAACCCUCCUGCUCGCUGCAGGGCAGGCCCUCGGCUCAGGGGCGCUGCGGGAUCGCAGCGACUCGGGCCCCAGCGACCUCGAGCUGGCCAUCCAGGACCUGGUGGCGACGUACGUGCCCAGGGAUGUCUACGGCCGCGCCACCGCCGCCAUCCCCGCCCUCGUGCCGGGCGCCACCGCCGCGCCCGACGCCGUCCUCGUCUCGGCCCUGGCCGCCGAGACCCCGCCGGCCUGGCUCCCGGCCGCCUUCGCCGGCGCCGACGCCUUCUACCAGCGCGCCCUCGUGUCCGAGGUCUCCAGUCUCAAGGCCGCCGCCGCCACCGCCGCUCCUCCUCCUCCUCCUCCUCCUCCCCCGCCGGCUGCCACCGGUGGCGGCGGCGCCGACGCCCCGCCCGCCGAGUCGACCGCCCCUACGGCCACAGCCACCGGGGGCGGCGACGACGGUGCCGGUGAGGGCGGCGCCGAGGCCACCUCCGCAUCCGGUGCCGCCGCCACUAUCAUGGCAGACCUCGUCGGCGUGCUCGGCGUGGCCGGGCUGGUCGCGGUGGCCCUGUGAGCCCCCUGUACGCAUCCUCUUUGUGUGUCUCUCUCUCUCUCUCUC